AUUUCCUGACACUCCUGUGAAGUUAUUGAAAGACGUUCUUGAGGCUUUACAGCUAUAUGACCUGGUAGAAUUGCUGUAGAAAGCGCAGAAAAUGCAGAAACCGCAACCUGUCAGAUCGCUACGGCCCGCUCUUCCUUUACAAGAGAUAGAGAAACUGAGGAAAACUACUGAUCCUCGUCCCACAACCUUUCAUAGUAAUGUUGCCGUUCUGAUUAUUACUUAUGAAAAGAAUCAUCAUACAGAAGGGAUUGAGAGGUUUUUUAAAGGUUUCAGCUCAAAGAGCGAUGUGACUGUAUUUGAAUGGGAAGAACAGGCUUACGUCGAGUUAGACUCACGGUUAUCACGACUAUCUUGGUUGGAGACACUGAAUAAAAGAAGGGUUCAAAGGAUAGAACGGGAGGCGCAGAAUGAAAUGGUGAACAAUGAGACAGCUUUGUCAGCGGUCAUAGAGAGGUGGAUACACAACCAAGGAAACUAUUCAUUGUUUGCUGUGUUUGUAGCCAAGACGGUCUUAAGGUAUGCGGUUGCCGAUGUUGUUGAAAAGCGAAUAAAAAGACUGGUGUCCGGAAUUCCAGACAAAAUUAAAUUUGUUAUGUGGAGCUGGAUGCCAGUCAGUGUCCCAGAAACUUCAGAGAGCCUCAUGGUAAUCCCUGGUGGCGGAUACGUGCCGCAGCUUCAACGCCUGCUGCUUAUUCUUAACGAGUGCUGGCAGACGCUGGACCUGAUAUCAAUGAUGGAAGAGUUGAAAAGGUCUGUGAAUGUAGGGUUUAGAAUUUUGCGGUAUCCGGGGGGUAAUCCAACGGUAUCAAUAACAGACCGUUUGUCGUCUCGUCCAAGAUUUAAAAGGGAGGAGGAUCUGACUGACCGUGCGUAAGUUAGUUGUCUUGAUAGUUCUAUAUCUCACACAGCCCCAAGUGAUCCUAUAGGUGGAAAUUUCCUGGUUUUCAAAAACGAAGAAAAAAAAAACCUAAUAAAAUAUCGUGGAUAGCUUUGAUUGUAGUGUUAUAAAACCAUUCGUCGCUCAGAUGAAUAGCCUUGUAAGGUAUGAUACAUCACGUACAGUAAAAGGUGUGGGUAGUUAAUUUUCUUAACUCUUUCGUCUGCCUGACCGACAGACACCGUGUCGGUCUAACUUGUGGUCAUAAGGACUCGAUGCCAAAGGUCUGAAAAUCACUUCCACCCUUCCUCCUGCUUUUAGCACCUCUGGGUGCGCCAUUGAGUACUUGGUUCUGACAUGAAACCAACACUCGAAACAUUUUUUUACGAUAACUGCAGAAAUUCUCGCGCGCUCAUUGGCUAAUUUUCAUUGUCAAUAAGCUGAGAAAUGUCACUACUUAAGGCGACGUCCACAGUACUUCGGAGAAAUUUGAAAAACGAUGUUUUCGCUCUGAAAAGGAAUCAAAUGUUUUCCUUCCACUCACACUAUCCCGGAGAAAUUUAAAAUCACCGGUCAUUUUGGAUUUUGCGUUUGGGGAAAACUCGGUCGAGGGAAUCAUAUGAUCGUGUCGUGAUCGUUUUCGAAAAGCUCCGUUUUCAAAAUGUUUUACUUCCACACUAAAACGCA